GGCGGAAGGAGAUUGGGAUGCAUUGACAGAGGAAGAGAAGAUGUUGAGACGCGACUCAGCGUACAAGUCCAGGCAGGCAAGUAUGGCGCAUCCUGGGAGUGGAAGAAGAUAGAGAGAAGAGGUUGACUGGUCGGUGAUGUUGUGUCGUAGGACGUGCGGCGAGCUAUUACUUGCUAUGCUUUUUUGCAAGUAUGGCAGGUUGUCAUCGUUAGCUAGUAAUCGGCUGCGCCACGGCUUCAACUUUUGCCAAAAGGUAGUUUGUUCAUUCGGUAUCGUGAAUCGUUACUGCGGGACAAAGUCAGCUUCAGCUGGUCAGACCAGUCUUCGCGACCAUACGCCUAUUUUACUACAUUUUGAUCUCCUAGCUACGUCACGUCAACAUUCCCUUGCCAUACCUUCGAGUCAAGCAUUGGAAAGCCACUCCCAUCUCACCAUCCCUAACCCCACGUGCGCGCUUCCGAUUCGUCAAUCCACCCUCUUCGCCGCCCUCGCAUCUCCCGCAGAGCACACGUGCAUCUUCCCAGCGAUAUCAUUGAUAGGAACACAACGUAGAAGUAAUUGAGCAAACAGCGGACGUCGCCGCCCAAUCUCGCCUUGCGCACCAAUGAGGCCGCUCACCUUCCCAAAGGAGCAAAGGGCCUUGGCGCGAUAGCGAGGCCAUGAGCCAACCACACGACACGCGUAGAUACACGCGUUGGGAUAUGGGGAUGGGGAAUUUAUAUUGCCAAGGUGCGUCCUCCGCGCUGCCUCGCUCCAGGC